CGGUGUAGCUGUGCCGCUGUAUUGCUGGCUGAGGAGCAGUGUGUGUGCGAGCAAAUUCACUUCAGCAGGGGCUUGCACUAUCCGCGCAUGUGACAAUACAAACCUGCGAUCUGCAGCAGUUUCGUUUGCUAGAUAUUACCUUGCCCUAUUUUUUUCUGGAAGGAGUGGUUGUAUCAAUGAGGAAAACCAAUGUAUCAGGAAAUGGCAUUACUAGCAGGGAAGGCAGAGCCCGACUUCACUUCCUUCAGAGUGAAAAGCUUGGAGAAUUUUUGUGAAGUGCGUACAAGGAAAGGGGUGUAUUACAAAACUGCUAAGCUUCUCCAUCCAGGUGAGGAGCGAUGCAAUAGAGGACAAUUGGAAGACAGAACACGGCAUGUGAUUAUUAAUGUAGGGGGUAUCAAAUACAGGAUUCCAUGGACCACAUUGGAAAAUUGCCCUUUGACACGACUUGGAAAGCUAAAAACCUGUAAUAACUAUGAUGAAAUAAUGGAUGUUUGCGAUGAUUAUGAUAUCAACUGUAAUGAGUUCUUCUUUGAUCGCAACCCAUGUGCCUUCAGGACUAUUAUGACUUUUCUGGCAGCUGGGAAGCUAAGAAUACUACGGGAAAUGUGCGCUCUGUCUUUCCAAGAAGAACUUAUAUACUGGGGUAUUGAAGAAGAACAGCUGGAGUGGUGUUGUCUCAGAAAACUGCAGCAGAAAGAAGAGGAACUUGCUGAAGCCAAGAUGUAUGAAGGGGAAUCUGGGAUUUCAAACGAGAAUUCACAAAGUGCCUUGCAGGACAGUGGUCGUUUGGCUCAGUGUAUGAAGCAUCUCAGGGACAUGGUAGAGAACCCUCACUCAGGGAUCCCAGGGAAGAUAUUUGCCUGCCUGUCAGUCUCCUUUGUGGCCAUCACGGCAGUCAGCCUAUGUAUCAGCACCAUGCCUGAUUUUAGAGAUGAAGAGGACAGAGGUGAAUGUUCCCAAAAGUGCUAUGACAUUUUUGUGCUAGAGACAGUCUGUGUGGCUUGGUUUUCCUUGGAGUUUGUUUUGCGUUUCAUUCAAGCUGAGAGCAAGUGUGUGUUUCUAAGGACCCCACUAAAUAUGAUUGACAUAAUGGCCAUCUUGCCUUACUAUAUCACCCUUAUAGUGGAUGCCCUUUCUGGAGGAAAAACAGGAGGGGCUGGAAACAACUAUUUGGAGAAAGUGGGACUAGUGCUACGUGUCCUACGAGCUCUGCGCAUUUUGUAUGUAAUGAGACUGGCAAGGCAUUCGCUUGGCCUGCAGACAUUAGGCCUCACAGUCAGAAGGUGCACCAGAGAAUUUGGACUGCUACUACUCUUUUUAUGUGUUGCCAUGGCACUCUUUUCCCCUCUUGUUUAUUUAGCAGAGAAUGAACUAGGCGCCAAACAGGAGUUCACCAGUAUUCCAGGAAGUUACUGGUGGGCAGUAAUCUCAAUGACAACCGUAGGCUAUGGCGACAUGGUUCCUCGGAGCAUCCCAGGACAGGUGGUGGCACUGAGCAGCAUACUGAGUGGUAUCUUGCUCAUGGCAUUUCCAGUAACCUCUAUUUUCCACACAUUUUCCCGCUCUUAUACAGAACUCAAGGAACAACAGCAACGAGCCAGCAGGCAGAUACCAAGGCUAGAGGAUCGGGAGCCUUGCACAGAGACUGAGUCCUAAUUAAAUAAGCAGUUUCAUUCAAGUACUGAAGGGAUAUUGGUUAAUUAACAUUGCAACACCAACACUGUUACAGUAUACAGAAAUAUACACGUACAACCAUUUAUUAAGAUGUUUUUAGAAAUUUGUAAUCUUUUUGUUUGUUAAAGCUUCUUUAAUUCCAACCAAUGUAAAUGCUGGUGGACCAGUGGUUAAUGUUGCCAUGAGACAUAUACAUCUGCAAGUGCAGUUAGCAAAGUAUUUCGAGCACAAUCACUAUUUUUCCUUCAAAAUGAAGCAUUUUCCCCAAAACUCCAGUGUCAUUGCAUUUGCAAGGGGGGAUUGUGCUGGGCCUACUGCAAUUGCAUCCCAUUCGCCAAAAUUAUCGCAACUGCACACACAUUUCAUGACAAAUCAGUUGGUGUUCAUAAUGCAAGUGACGCCUAUGCCUGAUUCUUUAGGCACAAGUGUGUGGCGCCUAUUAAUGCUGGGACGGGAACCUUGGGGCAACCGUCUGGUCAAGAGGUGGCACAGCAGCACCUAAUUCAGAACUAAACGCAGGAAGGAUUGAGCGGCGCCGAGCACAACUACGCUGAAGAGCAAGAAGCGUAUUUUGCAAGAAAGUACCUAUUAUAAUGAAUAUUGUUUUAGGCACAACUGACUCUAGAGAAAUUGCAGGGACCACAACUGCACUUGCAAACGUAAAUGUGCCCCUGUUAUCCUUAUUUUCUGGUACUUAGGUAUAGAAUCAACAUACUGAAAUCGUAUUUGUAACUAAUUAUAAAAGCUGGACUAAUAUUACUGUUUUGAAGCCUGUUCAUUUUCAGUGUUGGCAGUGGAAUCAGAGAUACUGUCUAUGUUACACAAUGGGCUUUCUUUUUAUUUACCAGAAUGUUUGUAAAAAGUGCUUUAGAGGAAUAAAUAUAUUUCUAUGUGAGCCGUA